AGACAAAUAAGAGCACAAGGAAGCAGAAGGAUAAAUGAUCCAGAUGACAAGUCUCAGGUUUCCUGCCCUGGAGCACUGCGCUACUGGUGGGGAGGCUCUGCUGCCAGAAGAACAAGAGGAGUGGAGAAGAUGCACGGGCCUUCUACUCUACCAGGCCUACGGACAAUCAGAAACAGGAAUAAGUUGUGGCACUUUACGGGGAAUGAAGAUCAAGCCAGGUUCCAUGGGGAAAAGCAUCCUCCCCUUCGACAUCCAGAUCAUUGAUGACAAGGGCAACAUCCUGCCGCUCAACACUGAAGGCAACAUUGGCAUCAGGAUCAAGCCCACCAAGCCCAUAGGCAUCUUCAUGUGCUAUGAAGACAACCCAGAAAAGACUGCCGAAGUGGAGUGUGGGGACUUUUACAACACCGGGGAUAGAGCAACUAUGGAUGAAGAGGGCUACAUCUGGUUCCUUGGGAGGAGUGACGAAGUCAUCAAUGCCUCUGGGUACCGAAUCGGGCCAACAGAGGUGGAGAAUGCCCUGGCGGAACAUCCAGCAGUGGCUGAAUCAGCUGUGGUGAGCAGCCCGGACCCGAUUCGAAGGGAGGUGGUGAAGGCAUUUAUUGUCCUGACCCCGGAAUACCUCUCCCAUGACCAGGACCAGCUCACCCAGGAGCUGCAGCAGCAUGUGAAGUCAGUGACAGCCCCAUAUAAGUACCCGAGGAAGGUGGAAUUUGUCCCAGAGCUGCCCAAAACCAUCACUGGCAAGAUUAAGAGAAGUGAACUUCGGAGAAAGGAGUUUGGUCAGAAGUAAUCAGUAAACACUCAGAAACCACUGUGUGAUCUUGCUCUAAUCCCUGGCUGCCUCAGUUUCCCCACUGUGAAAGGGUGAGCAGGGGAAUAUAGAGCAUUGUUUUGUCAGAGCAUCAGGAGUGUCCACAUUCUAGGUUUCUGGUUCUUUUCAGUUAGCAUCAGCUAUUGCCCUCCCUUCACAUCCUUGGGUCACUGCUCUGAGUGUGGCCUGGGUAAUAAAACACUAACUUCAGCAUCCA